UUGUGGAGAACGUUUGUUUGCCGCGAAUUUCGCUCAAGUUUGUUUUUAAACAAAAUAUUAAAUAAUUCGUCCAGCCAUUUGGUAGAAUGCCUUUUUUUGAUUUAAAUUUUGAAAAUCAGUAAUCGAGCAUGGAGGCCAUCCCCAGACUAAAGAAGAGAGGUUCGCUAACUUUGGGACGACGUCAGAAAGGAGAUGCAUCACCCCACAUUCCGCAAACAAAGACGCGGUCUGCAGCAAUUGCCAACAACACUAAUGAAAAUGAUAGUAAUCUUUUGAGGACACCUAAAUCAAUAAGUUCCGAUGGUGGCAUCGAAUGUACGCCGCCUCACAAGAAAAUCAAUUUAGAUGACAGCAUUGAGGAGUAUUCGCCAAAAUGUUUCGAUGCUAGCUUUUCGCCUAGUUAUUUACUUUCACAGACACUUUCAUCAGGCAGCCCAGAAGUCGGUUGGAAAUGGGGACGUCGAUCUGUAGAUGAACGAAGAGAAACGUCUGUCUCUACACCAGACUCUGCAUAUGCGGCAGAUAGUAGUUUCACUUCAGCUGGUUCCAGUAGUACUGAGGUAAUAAAUGCUAUUGAACGCAUACGUAGCGAAUCACAUAACCAUCGCUUUGCCUAUGAAAUGCGAAAAGAAGAACAGCGCCGAAAACGUGAGCUACAAAUGCGGCGUGCCGAAAAGCUACAUGCAGAUGAAUUGCUUAAGCAACGCUGCGCAAAACUAGAAGAAGAACUGCGUGAAGCUGAAAAACGUCGAAGGCGAGAUAUUGAAAAGAAGACACAAUCGCAAACACAACCCCAAAAACCUGAAACGAUAUCCAAUCAUGAAGUUGCACCAGUGCAGUCGGAAACGGUAGCUGAUUUACAUGCGAUCGGUGAUGCAUUUGCUAAUGCCAACGACACUUUGAGUGAUUUCUUUAAUGAUUCCGACUCUGACGGUAUAUUACUGCAAGCUACACAACAGGUAGAAUCCAAAAUCGUAGAGCUAACCCAAAAGUCCCCUGCAGAAGUUACUGCAUCGGGAAUGGAUACAAAUAGUUCGUCAAUAAAGAAAAGUGAUUUAGAAUUAGGAAACCUAAAGUUGUCAAAGGAAGUACCUGCUUCAGAGCGACAGGAAAAACGCUCAUCGCUCUAUAUGAAAUUCCUUGAGGAUGACUUGUCUGAUGACUGUUUUUUCUCCCUCGACGAAGUAAUUUUGCAAGCAACUCAGCAAGGAAAUAAAUCACGCAACAAUUUUCAACGCUACAAUUCCAUGCCCACUAAAACUUUAACCACCUUAUCUACUGGCACGGCCGCAUUAGGUAAAACAGCAACAACGAAAACAACAUCCACAACUACGCGUGAUAGCAAGCCGACUACGUUAACCAAUGCAGCAGUUUCUGCGCCAAAAAUUAAAAGGCAUGCUAGUUCACAUGUACUCAAUCCAACCUCGAGCGAUGCCUACACUUAUCGCGAUCGUCAAUCGUAUAACAGGAAGUAAACUAUCGACCUUACCUAAGGCAGCGCACAUGGGUUGAUCCUGAUAGCUGACUGAUAACUAUUUUGAUUAAGACGAUAUAAUACAUAAGUACCUUCCUACACUUUUUAAAAUAAGCCGUUUGAAUAAAUUAUUAGUCUGGAUAUUUCUAAAAGUACGCGUAGGUUUAAACUUUAUGAUAAUAUUUUAGUAUUUGUUUGUUAUGCCUAUCCUUCACUUCAAAGUGAAAGUAAUUUUUUAGAAUCAGCCUUAUUGUUAUAUGACAGAAAAAUAUUAGUGUUGCUGGUUUUGUGCAAAUGUAUACGAGAAUUAUCAAAAAUUCAGGAUUGACUGGGCAAAAAAUGAGCCUAAUUUAUACUUAAGUACUCGCGAAUUAUAGCUCUAAAGUUGCAGUAGUACGUAAAAAAGCUUUAUUUGAGAUGAAUAUCUUUUUUGAUUUAAAUAAUAAUUUGCUUUUUUAUACCUUUUUUUUAAAUAACAAAAUAUAAUGCUUUGUCGACUCAAUGCAGAGACUCCGCUUAAAUUUUCAUGAGCACAAUCUUUUGCUGUAAAAACUGCAAACAAACAUAUGUAUAUCUUUUCCAUUUCCAUUUGACUUGAGGCCAGUAGUAAAACCUUAAGAUACAUUUGUAUGUAUUUAAGUGUCAAUUUGUUAAGUCGUUUUUUCACACUUAGCUCUUACAACUCAUCAAAAAAUUUCCAUAUAUUUUCUUUCAAGUUAGAAAUAUUUUAUUAAUUUGGGAUUUAAUUUUUAUUUGUUAAAAAAAAUGCAUAACUAAUAGUUCACACUGAACCAUUUUCGGCAACUUCAUAGUGCGAAGUUUCAUUUUUAAGCGGUGCUAUUUUUUGGUAAAAUUUGUUUAAUCAAGGCAUGUGAAAAACAAAAAAAUUUAAUUAAUUUCUUUACCUAUAAAACUCAAUCAUCAAUGGAAAUUAAAGAAAAAUAAACUUUUCAGUAUUUUGGAACUCA